CUAAAUUUCAGCAUAAGUGGGCUUCAAUGGUAGGCUACAGAAGGGAUGAUCCGGCUGGGGACUUCAGAUGGUAGGGCAACACUGAUGGUCUGUUCUUAGAUAAACGCUAAGAUUUAUUUCAAGAGUUUAUCGCACGGGGUAGCUAAUGCACUUUAAGUUUUUUUGUUUUUGAGUGAAACGGAAUGUGCAGAUACAUUCCAGGAGGUAUCCGAUUAAUAAUAUAUUAAUAUGAAUCAGUAGGUGGCAGUAAUGCACCUCUUAUAUUAUAUACCAACCACCGUCAAACCCCAAAGAAGAACUGUCUGACGGUGGAAAGGGUGAGGAAAUGCUUUUCCAUUCGAAAAUAUAUCGGUUAUCACGAGAGAUUUUGCGGACAUUUCUAUCGCCAGUAGCAACAGGUUUAUGGAAAUUGCGAUAAAGUCGAACAGGUUGGAUAGCUGGUCAAUAUGGAAACCUGUUUGAUUCAGCCUUUUGUUUACAGUGACCAGGAUUUGGUUCGUUGCGUUGUGCGGUCCCAGGGAUGCGGAACACUUGAAAGGCUGUCUAAAUUUGACAAAAGCUUGCGGUCCUCUUGGACUGAGAAGAUGCAGCAAGGACUAUUCCGUUAUCAUCUCGGGGAUUUAACGACACGGAUUCUUCCCGGAUCGUGUCGUUUCGUAGCUCAACUUAAUAUCAUGCGGGGACAAGAAAGACGAAAACCGCAGGACAUAUUAAGCGUUCAGCAACAAUUUGACUCGGAACAGUUCAACUUCAAUAAGAUACAUUCACAUGAAAUUAUGUUUCAGAUGAGCAAACAAAUUUCAAAUGAAUCAAACAUUGAACCUCAAAGUCAAGUCAAAGACGUCAUAUCCGAAAAUGGACUGGAAGGGGCACGCGACAGAGUGCUGGUCGUGAUCAACGUGAGUCCGCUUGAAUUCGGUCAUUGUUUGUUUAUACCGGAACCGACGCAGUGCAUGCCACAGAUCCUUACUGCUUCUGUCAUCCAAACUGGAAUCGAGUCUGUGUUUCUGAGCGCUGAUCCAGGAUUUCGAGUGGGAUUCAACAGUCUAGGGGCAUUUGCCUCAGUUAAUCAUUUACACCUCCAUGGAUACUACUUAGACUGGGAGCUGCAAAUAGAAUCCGCACCGACCGAACCCAUAGUUCCCCAAAAGGGCUUUCAUCGACUAGUUGACUUCCCGUCCGGGUUUUUGUUUUAUACGGAGGGAGAACGCUUGCAAGAAACUGCCACUGUUAUUUGUCAACUCACCGACUUUUUAGUUGGAAGAAAUGUCGCACAUAACGUAUUUCUUACCAGGGGCUGCCCACCGGGUAAGCGACAUGAACCUGCGCUUUCUCGUUCGGGUGUGCGCAUAAUAGUGUGGCCAAGGACAUCCUGCUUCGGGGCGAAAGAAGAAUCCGCCUUCAACGUGGCACUCUGUGAGUUAGCGGGACAUUUGCCAUUUAAGAACAGAAGGGACUUUGACACCAUCACUGAAAACGAGGUGAAAAGCAUUAUUCAAAAUUAUCUCCUUUCCAGCGACGAAUUUAUGCACUUACAAUCAGAGCUAUGCAAACAAUUACAAUCAUCAGUGGUAUAGGCUAUCAGCGUGGACAAUCCCUCACAUUUUACAUGAAGACAAGAAGCGCCUCCCGACAAACUGCUUGGACUGUCAGAGUGUUUUCAAUAUAAGUGUAUAAAGGCCACAACUAUAAAUAAAUGCAUGGCCACUGGACUCAACACGAUUAAUUAUUGCCUCGAUUAAGGCCCGGACAAGAAGUAGCAGAAGACAGUCACACAUCCAAAAAUCUGCGUGAUCCGAAGCCACGUGUAACCAAGGGAUUUUUGGAAUGAGUGUCAACUGAAUGUUUUGGAACCUCGGCGGAUGAUCUAAUUGAUGCUGAAAACUCGAAAUAAAAUUGAAUACAAUUAA